CAAGAUCAUAAGAAGGUAGAUUGUGAUGCCAGAGUCCAUCAUACCAGACAAGAAGCCCGUGAGGGUGUCUGUUAACGGCGGGGUAGAAGCUGUCCUUGGACCUGAUGAUUAUGUAUUGCAUUGAACUGCUGCUGCUAAGUUAACAAAUUUCAUGUCACAUGCCAGUGAUAAUAAACCUGAUUCUGAUUCUGAUUCUGACGUAAGCAUCUUUGCAGUUCAGAUGUUCCAGGGCUGAGUGAAGAGCCAAUGAAAUAGCAUCUGCUGUGAACCUGUUGCGAUGAGUUGGUUGACCCUCGCACAGCCUCCCAUCCUACUCCGAGCAGUUUAGGAAGAGGUGAGGAGACACAGAGAGGAAGGACAUUUAAAAUGCGUGAAUGUAUCUCCAUCCACAUUGGCCAGGCUGGUGUCCAGAUGGGCAAUGCCUGCUGGGAGCUGUACUGCUUGGAGCACGGUAUCCAGCCAGAUGGCCGUAGACCGGACGGCAGAAGCAAUGCAGAGGCUGACGACUCAUUCGACACCUUCUUCUGCGAGAUGGGGUCCGGGAAACACGUGCCCAGAGCUAUCUUUCUGGAUCUGGAGCCAACGGUGAUUGAUGAGGUUCGCACUGGUGCCUAUCGCCAGCUGUUCCACCCCGAGCAGCUCAUCACGGGCAAGGAAGAUGCUGCUAACAAUUACGCCCGUGGGCACUACACCAUUGGCAAGGAGCUGAUUGAUCCUGUCUUGGAGAGACUUCGGAAACUGGCUGACCAGUGCACUGGUCUUCAAGGUUUCUUCGUCUUCCACAGCUUUGGUGGUGGCACCGGUUCUGGUUUCACCUCUCUGCUGAUGGAACGUCUCUCCGUCGACUAUGGCAAGAAGUCCAAGCUGGAGUUUUGCAUCUACCCAGCUCCUCAGAUCUCCACGGCUGUGGUAGAGCCCUACAACGCCAUCCUAACCACCCACACCACACUGGAGCACACCGACUGUUCCUUCAUGGUGGACAACGAGGCCAUUUACAACAUCUGCCGCAGAAACCUGGAUAUCGAGCGUCCUGGCUAUGUGAACCUCAACAGGCUGAUUGGUCAGAUUGUGUCAUCGAUAACAGCUUCUCUUCGCUUUGAUGGAGCUCUGAAUGUUGAUCUGACAGAGUUCCAGACCAAUUUGGUGCCUUAUCCCCGAAUCCACUUCCCUUUGGUGACGUACGCUCCUGUGAUCUCGGCUGAGAAAGCUUACCAUGAGCAGCUAAGUGUGGCUGAGAUCACCAGUUCCUGCUUCGAGCCAGGCAACCAGAUGGUGAAGUGUGACCCUCGCCAUGGCAAGUACAUGGCUUGUUGUCUGCUUUACCGAGGUGACGUGGUGCCAAAAGAUGUCAACGCUGCCAUUGCAGCCAUCAAGACCAGGCGUAGCAUUCAGUUUGUUGACUGGUGCCCCACUGGCUUCAAGGUUGGCAUCAACUACCAGCCUCCCACUGUGGUGCCCGGUGGUGACCUGGCCAAGGUGCAGCGUGCAGUCUGUAUGCUGAGCAACACCACCGCCAUUGCCGAAGCCUGGGCUCGCCUUGACCACAAGUUUGACCUGAUGUAUGCCAAGCGCGCCUUUGUGCAUUGGUAUGUGGGGGAGGGGAUGGAGGAGGGGGAGUUCUCUGAGGCCCGGGAAGACAUGGCAGCCUUGGAGAAGGAUUAUGAAGAGGUCUGUGCUGACUCUACAGCAGAUGAUAAUGACGGAGAGGAAUACUGAAUUCCAUCCAUUCACGGGCAGAUCUUUCCUCUUAACGCUCUACAUAAAUUAAAUUUCAAAGAAGCCACGUCACUGUUGAGAACCUAAUGUGUUUUCCACUUGAAUUAAUCAUUCUCCAAGAAGUUGAAAAUGUUGAACACGUUAGGCUGAUAUGUUUGGCAAAUUUAAUUGGAAACACAUCUGUUUUUAUCUAAUGAAAGUAAUGGCUGCAUUGACAAUAUCUUUGAUGUUCCUCAUUGAAAUCAAGUAUACUGUUACACAGGACAUGGUGCCUCGUGAUAUGCUAAAUGUUCCAUUUUGUAGCCACAGCCUGUAAUUAUCAAGUAAUUUUAUCCCUGAGACCAUGACUGCACUUCCACCAUGGGAAUAUGAAUUCACUUUAUGAGAAAUUCCAGAAAUAAGAAUCUGGUAUUGGUAAAAAUGCUUGGAUUGCAAUAAUAAAAUCUAGCAUCUCCAUGUACAGCCUUCAAGGCAGGAAUCUUGGUACUUUCUAUGCACAGGCCUUUUUAUUCCUCUCCUGCCUCCCAUUCAGAUUCAGAUUCAUUAUUUUAUCACGUACAUCGAAACAUACAGUGAAAUCCAUUGUUUGUGUUGAUGACCAGCAAAACCUUAGGAUGUGUUGGGGGCAGCCACAGAUGGCACCACAUAUUCCAGCAUCAAUAUAUCAUGCUGUAGUCUCCUCAAUUAGAUUGUCAGGCUAACUCACACCAUAUUGUGCUCCCGGUGUGGCCUCUGCUAAAUUAUUGAGACUGGAGGCAGAUUGGGGGAUCUCUUUGUCGAGGAUCUCCACUCUGUCCACCAGCCUCUCCCGGUGGUCACCUAUUUCAUCUCCAUAUCAUGUUGGUAAACGGUAAAUCGGUUUAUUAUUAUCAUAUGUACCAAGGCACGUACCAACGCUAUUACACCACCAGGGACCUGGGUACAUUUCUCAUCAUUGUUUGUAGGGAGUUUGUACGUUUUCCCCGUGACCUUGUGAGUUUCCUCUGGGUACUCUGGUUUCCUCCCACAUCCCAAGGAUGUAUGGGUCAGUAAGUUAUGCGGUCACAUGGUGUAACUGGGCAGCGUGGGCUCGUUGGGUUACCAUGUUAUAUCUCUAAAUAAACAACAAUAAAUAACUAUGAUUGAAACAGUUCAUUUUAUCACAUCAGUACUGAGAUGGUACAACAGCAGAACGAAGUGUUGCAGUUGCAAAGACAGUGCAGUGCGUGCAGUUCAGGUAGACAAUAAGGUGCAACGUUGUACUGAGAAAGAUUGUGAGGUCAUAGUACAGACCCUUUGGCCCAUGAUGUUGUGCUGAUCUAUUUAAACUUAUUGCAUGAUCGAUCUAUCCCUUCCCUCCUACACAGCCUAAAGCCCUCUACAUCCAUGUGCCAAUCUAAGAGUCUCCUAAAUACCCUAUUGUAUCAGUCUCCACCAUCACCCCCGGCAGUGCAUUCUGGACAGCUGCCACUCUCUGUGUACAAACCUUUCCUCUGACACACCCCUUGAAAUUUCACCU